GCGGGCCGCCCGUGUUUGUGUUCGGUGACGCGCGAGGCACGGGGCCGGUGUCGCGGCACCGCCAUGACCCCGAUGGAGCGCCUCGUGAAGGCGUUCGAGACGCUCAAGGCCUCGCAGGGCGCUGGCCCCGCGUGGGACGCGGACGAGCAGCAGCCCGGGCCGGGCAAGACGAAAAAGGAAGGUCCUGCCAAUAAAAAGGAGAGAAUCUCGUACUGCCAGACCAUUGCGGAGACCAUCAUUUCGUCGAAUGUGAGGAAUUCCUCGGACUUCCCAAAGUUUCUUGGUAUCGCUGUGGAGACCUUCCUGCUGUGCUGCGAUGACACGGAGGCCGAUGUGAGGAUGGUGGCCGAUGAGUGUCUCAACAAGGUCAUCAAGGCCCUCAUGGACACGCACGUGGCAAGGCUCCAGCUUGAGCUCUACAAGGAAAUAAAGAAGAACGGGGCUUCUCGCAGUCUCCGUGCUGCCCUCUGGCGCUUUGCUGAGCUGGCGCAUCUCAUCCGACCUCAGAAGUGCAGGCCCUACAUGUUGAACCUGCUGCCAUGCCUGGUGCACGUAAGCCGCCGGCUGGAGGAGCCAGUGCAGGAGACGCUGGCGGGUGCCGUGCCCAAGAUGGUCAGCGUGCUGGGCAGCUUCACCAACGACGGCGAGAUCAAGACACUGCUGCGUGCGUUUGUGCUGAACCUCAAGUCGGGCUCGGCGGCCAUGCGGCGCGCGGCCUCCACGUGCGCCGUGGCCGUGUGCCAGCACUCACGCCGCCCGCACGCAUUCUACGCCUGGCUGCUCUCCGUGCUGCUGGGGCUGGUGACGCCGCUGGGGGAGGCGCGCCUGUCGUCGCUGCUGCUCGGUGUGCUGCACUGCCUGCGGGCGAUUGUGCCCCACGUGCAGCAGCCCGCGGCCGACGCGGGCCUCAAGGGCAGCUUCGGCGUGACGCAGCGCGAGGCCGACGCCGGCGUCGCUCCUCACGUCCUCGUGCAGGUGUACGAGGUGACGCUGUUCUACACGCAGCACCCGGAGCACAACGUGGCCACCACGGCGCUCGAGAUGCUGCAGCAGCUGCUGCGGAUGCCACCGAGCGCCCUGCAGCUGGCGCUGACCACGGCCGGCGGCAUCCGCCACCCCCUGCCCUGUGCCCGUCGCUCCGCCAGCGCGUCCAGCCUCGUCGGAGGGUGGCGUAAAAUGGCUAGUCCUGUUUUACCAAAAGCACAAGCCAAGUUACUGUCAGCGGAGGAGGAGGAAGAGGAGGACGUGCUGGAGGAUGAUGUGGAGGCUAGAGGGAGUGACGGCACCCCGACCCCCUCUCCCGACACGGCCUUGCUGUCGGCGCUGAGCGAGAGUGGCGAGGUGCUAUCGGCGCUGUCGACGCUGUCGGGCGGCGCGGGCGGCGCCGGGCCAGAGCCCGGCGCCGCCGAGCGUCCGUGCCUGCUCCACGCGCUCGACUCCUCCGACUCCAUUGACCUCAACGCCGAGGAGUCCGACUCCACCAGCCUGAGCACCGAGCCGGCCGAGAGCUCCAGCCAGCUGAGCGCCACCUCGCUGGAGGCGCUGGGGGCCGUGGGCUGCGCAUCCCUACGGCCCGCCCCCACCUCCCCCGUGAGCGAGAGCUCCCAGACCACCGAGGGCCCCGACUCUGCCGUGACUCCGUCCGACAACUCGGAACCCGUGCUGGACUGCGGGGACCUGCAGUACACGGCCUUACCCAUGGGCGCACUGCAGGAGCCCGACGGCGGCGGCGGCGACGAGGAGGAGGAGGAGUCCAGGAACGCGUUGCCCCGAGACCGGACCCCGCGUCACGCCCCCGGAGUGGCCGCACUCCUCCAGCCGCGCUCGCGUCUGGCUCCGCCGCCCGAGGGCGCCGACGAGGACUUUGACGGCUCGGGCGCGGAGGGAAGCAAGCCGCUUGUGAUAAAGGGCAUUGUGGGGGAGAUGACGGACGAAGACACGCCACCCAUCAUCCACUGCGUCCGCCUCAUCUCGGCCUCCUUCCUGCUCACAGGCACCCCCAACGGCCUGGUGUCGGACCGGUGUGUCCGGGUGAGCAUGAAGGCGCUGGCCGUGGGCUGCGUGGCUUCUGCCGUCUCCAUGCUGCCCUCGGCCUUCUUCCUGCCUCUCUACCGGCGCGCGCUCCACCCGGAGCCACAGGAGCAGCAGCUGAGCGACCUCCUGCAGUUCAUCUCGCACCCCGACCCGCAGCUGCGUGGAAACGUGGCCGUGUUGUGCGGCGUCAUCGUGAGCGCGGUGCUGGCAACGCCACACAGCGCGAUCCUGAGCCCAGCGGAACUGGAGGAUGUCGUCCGUCCUCUGCACUUGGCCCUGAAGGACUCGUCGUCCGUCACCUGCCGGCUGGCCUGUGUGGGGGUGCGGCACUGCGUGAUGCAGCUGUGCAACAGCAAGCAGAGUGGACUGGGCCUGACGCUGCUCUCCGCCCUGCUGCACCUGCACGACAACUCGUACUGGCUGGUCCGCACGGAGCUCAUGGACACCGUGGCCGACAUUGACUUCAGGUUGAUUGCUUUUCUGGAAAAGAAUGUCGGCUGUCACUCUGGAUGCGAUGAGAAGAGCGAGGAGCGCCUGCAAGAUCGCGCCGUCGCCAGCAUCCUGCGCCUGCUGAGCGACGAGGACGGCAGGGUGCGCCACGCGGCUGCCGCCUCGCUUUCCAGGUUGGUGCCGAAUUUGUUCUUCGAGUGCGACCAAGCCCAGAGCGACCCCGUGGUGGCUAUCGCGAGGGCCCACACGGCCUCCUGCCUCGAGCUGCUCGUGCACGAGAACUCCGCACCACCGCGGUACUACGCGCCCGGGGCAGCCACGGCUGCUGCGUGUCCCUAUCGUGGCUACGAGACAUCCUGCACGACCGACGCAACUUUGGAAAACAAUUUGUCCAGAAUUAUCACAGCCAUCUCCACGGCGCUCAACCGAUCCAAAUCGCGACAUUUAAAAUUUGGUUGCUGUGAAGCCCUGUACCUGCUCUCAGCUGCGUACCCCGUGAGCAUGUGGAGCAAUGGCUGGCACUGUGGCUUUGUGCCUGCACCAGCCCCACCGCCAGCACAUGCGAGGCCACAGCUGCCCUUGACAAACAUACCCAGGACGGGUGUGGAGGGGGGUGGCCGCGUGUCGGUGCUGCCCAUCUUGCUGACGCUGCUCUCAUCGUCGUGGUUCCCCCUGGACCUGCCGGCCCACCAGGACGCCCUCCUGCUCACGGGGAACCUCAUCGCCGCGGUGGCAUGCAGGUCGCUGCGCAGGCCAUGCGUGUCCGAGGACGACGCAGCGAUGCCCAAGGUGGAGGAGCCGUGGGCCGCGCUAGCCGACCGCUCGCUGGUGCCCAUGGUGGAGCAGCUCUUCUCCCACCUGCUCAAGCUGCUCAACAUCUGCACGCACGUGCUGGAUGACGUCCCUCCCGUCCAGCCCACUCUCAAGCCCACAUUGCCAACGCUGCCGAGCGCCCCUUCCCUGAGUCCCAUCCGCAAGAAGACCAAAGAGAGGGAUGCCGUGGAGUUCCCCCCGGCUCCCGCGAGCCCCCGCAAGCCCGGCGAGCCGGGCGCCGGCAAGGCGGGCGAGGGCAGCGGUGGCGGAGUGGGCCGCAGCGUGCCGCUGCUGGGUGGCUUCUACCACCUGCCCCACUACGUCCGUCUGCACGACAUCCUCAAGGCCACCUACACCAACUACAAGAUGUCGCUGGACAUGCUGAGUCUGAGUGAGAAGUUUGGUGGAUUUCUGGGCACGGCACUCGACGUGCUGGCCCAGCUCUUGGAGAUUGCGACGCUUCAGGACGUGGGGAAGUACGCCGAAGAGGUUCUGGGAUAUUUAAAAUCCUGCUUCAACCGUGAACCGACAGUCACCACACUGUGUGUGCAGCAGCUAUUGAAGGCCCUGUUUGGAACGAACCUGGUGAACGCGCUGGACGGGGCUGGCGUGGACCCACGCGGCCAGGGCCGCGGCCAGCAGCUGGGCUCCUCGGGCCUCCAGCCGGGCCUCUACCACUACUGCUUCAUGGCUCCCUACACUCAGUUCACGCAGGCCCUUGCCUCGGCCAGCCUGCGCAACAUGGCGCAGACGGAGGUGGAGUCCGACACGUUGGGGUGGUUCGAUAUCCUCAAGAGAAAAGCCUCCCAAGUAAAAUCCAGCCCCAUGAGUGCCACCAAGCAGAAGGCCGACAAGGGCGCCAUUCACAACUACAUCCGCCUGUUCGAGCCGCUCGUGAUCAAGGCGCUGAAACAGUACACCAUCACGACAUCAGUGGCACUGCAGAAGCAGGUGCUCAGCCUGCUGGUGCAGCUCGUGCAGCUUCGGGUCAACUACUGCCUCCUCGACUCCGACCAGGUUUUCAUUGGCUUUGUGAUAAAGCAAUUUGAGUUCAUAGAAGAGGGACAGAUCAAGGACUCGGAGACUCUGAUCCCUUACAUCUUCUACUUCCUGGUGUUGCUCUCCUACGAGCGCUAUCACUCCAAGUCCAUCAUCGGAAUGCCCAAGAUCAUCCAGCUGUGUGAUGGGCUCAUGGCCAGCGGACGCAAAGCCAUCACUCACGCCAUUCCCGCCCUGCAGCCCAUUGUGCACGACCUGUUCGUAGUGCGCGGCGCCAACAAGGCCGACGUGGGGAAGGAGCUCGAGACGCAGAAGGAGGUGGUGGUGUCCAUGCUGCUCCGCCUCAUCCAUUACCACCAGGUGCUGGAGCUGCUGGUGCUGGUGCUGCAGCAGUGCCGCAAGGAGAGUGAAGACAAGUGGAAGAAGCUCUCCCGCCAGGUCACCGACCUUGUGCUGCCCAUGCUGGCCAAGCAACAGAUCAACACGGACUCGCGGGAGGCGCUGCGGGUGCUCAACACCCUGUUUGAGGAGGUGUCUCCCUCUGCCCUGCGCCCCGUCGACAUGCUGCUCAAGAGCAUGUUCGUGCUGCCCUGCGACGUGGAGUGCGUCACGACGGUGCAGAAGUGGAUUUCAGGAAUCCUGGCGAUCCUCCGCGUGCUCAUCUCCCAGUCGUCGGAGGACAUCAUCUUAUCGCGCAUGCAGGAGCUCGCCGGCCCCCCCGUGGUGGCCAUGCCCCCGUGCGGGUUGCGCAUCCCGGGGAGCGGGGACGAGACGCUCGACACCCGGGGAGAGGAGGAGGAGGAGGAGAAGGCUCUCCCGCCGGGCAACGCGGAGGGACCGGAGGCAGGGGAUGGCGCGAGGGGCCGGGCUGCUCAAUCGCCCGAGCUUGCGGCCUGCGCCACGCCUCCCGCUCCCGGGCCUCUAGAGGGAUCCCCUCUUAAUGCGCAGCAGCAGCCAGAUGCACAGCCGGCCGAGGAGAGGUUUGCAAGGUUCAUGAUCCAGCUGGUGGGCAUCCUAUUUGAGCGCACGGAGAACGGUGGCGGUGGCGUUGGGGUGACGCCACCGCAGCACGCGCUGUCUGCCCAGCAGCUCGGCGCCCUGCUCAUGUGUCUCAUCCACAUGUUCAAGUCCGGGACGUUCCGGCGCACGUCGGGGGCGACUGUGCGGCAUCUGCGGCAGGAGAAGCAGGCCGGGCAGUACUCGCUGGGCGAGCUCAACGAGCUGGCCGGAGCACUCAUCCCCACGCAGCCCUGCUCCGUGCUACUCUGGUGUCAGCUGCUGCUGCUCAUGGAUUUCACGGAGCGCAGCUGGUGGGAGGCCGUGCUGCGCACUCAGCGGAGACCGGUGCUGUCCGGCGCCGCACCACACCCGGAGCAGCCGCACGAGUCGGCGCCGGAGAGCCAGCUGCUGUGUGGCGCCGAGAUGGUGCGCCGCGGCAGCUUCAUCCUCUUCGCAGACUACGUGUGUCAGAACCUGCACGACUCGGAGCACAUGACGUGGCUGAUCGUCAACCACGUGCGCGACCUGGUGGCCCUGGCGUCCGAGCCACCCGUGCAGGACUGCGUGAGCGCCGUGCAUCGCAACGCGGCCGCCAGCGGUCUCUUCAUCCAGGCCAUCCAGUCGCGGGGACUCGACCUCACCAAGCCGGUGGUGCUGCGCCGGACGCUGCAGCGCCUGGAGGGCAUCCACCUGAGUCAGUCGGGCGCCGUCCUCUCUCUGCUUGUCGAGUCGUUCCUGGCGACGCCGCUUCGCGUGCUGGGCCACAUGGUGGACACGCUGGCGUGCCGCCGCGUCGAGAUGCUGCUCGCCGAGAACCUGGAGGAUAGCAGCAGCCAACUUCCCAUUGAAGAUCUGGAGAGAAUUCAAAGCCACCUGCAGCAGACGGGGCUUUCUAACAGGCACAAGCGCCUGGCGUCCCUCCUGGACAGGCUGCAAGAGGUGAUGGCGGCCGAGUGCGGCGUCUCCCCGCGCGCUCGCCUCGCGGCGCACCCCCUCACGGAGGAGGAGGAGGAGGGGGAGGUCGCCCCGCAGAACGUGACACCCAACAAGGCCUGGUUCGUGUCGCUGGUGAGAGGCCAGUGUUUCCAGCAGAGCUGCUCCGCCGCUAAGUGCGCAGAGCUUCUCGGCCAGCUACCGGACAGCACGGAGCUGCUCUCCAUCUUGCGUGCCCGGGAGUGCAACUUGGCCGUGCUGCGGGCCUGCGUGUCGCUGGGCGCGUUCCAGCUUGGCCUGGGUGCGGGGGAGGGGACGGCCUUGCUACGCAGCGCCGUCGCCGCUACCAUGGAGUUGGUAGCCGACGCAGUGGCGCGCCUGCCUGUCAGCGCCCACGUCUUCCGCCCGGCUACCGCGCCCCUCCCCAACCCCUACUGGGCCUUCGUGUCGGCCAUCGCCGAGGACGAGGCGAGCUGCGGCCGGCUGAUGCGGCUGGCAGAGUGCGUGGUGCAGGCCCUCCUGGCCGGAGAGGCCCUGCUCUCGGCGGCCCCCGCCAUGCCGGGGGCGGCGCCCGCGCUGGGAGGGGCCGUGGUGCCCCCCGAGAGGGAGGCGGACGUCUGCCACUUUGCCCUCCUCACCCUGGAGGUGAUCUGCUGCCAGGCGGCACGCGGCCGCCGCGCCGCCGUGGGCGACGUGCAGGCGGCGCUCGAGUGCUGCUGCCUGGCGAUGCAGCAGCCGCGCCUGUGGGAACUCUACGCCUCCGCACGGCACGUCACCUGGGCCUGCUCGCUGCUCAACUGCCUGCGCUUCGUCCUCCGGCAGGUUUUCUCCUUCCCGAUGGAGAAGUACGCGGUGCCGGUUCCUCAGAACAUCCCCCGGCCUCAGGACGCCGCGGGCGGCCACGUGGCUGCAAUGGCGGAAACGAGCUCGCAGGCGUGCGAGACGAUCGCGGCGCUGCUGCAGGCCGUGCUGGGGCCCCUUUCGGCGGGCGACUGCGCCAAAGUGCCACCCUUCCUCGUCGCUCCCAUCAAGCAGCUGGUGGUGAACCUGGCCAGGCUGCCGCUGGUGAACAGCUUCGCCAGGACCCCUCCCAUCGUGUGGAAGAUGGGCUGGAUGCCCACAGCUGGGGGCGUGUUUGGAACGACCCUCUCGGAAAUUCCCAUUGAAUUCCUGCGAGACAAAGACGUCCUCAAGGAGUUUGUGUGCCGGCUCAACACUAUAGGCUGGACGUCGCGCACUCAGUUUGAGGAGUCGUGGGCGACGCUGCUCGGGGUGCUCGUCAUGCAGCCGCUGGGCCUGGAGCCUGAGGGAGCGCUGUCCGCUGAGGAGGAGAGCGAGCGCACGCAGCUGUCCGUGCUGUCGGUGCGCAGCAUCACGGCACUGGUGCUGAGCGCCAUGCUGCUGCCCACGGCGGGGAGCCCCGCGGGCGGCUGCAUGGAGCAGCAGCCCCGGAAUAAAGCGAUCGAGGCCCUCAAUACCAGAAUCGGGAGAAAGCUGUACGCGGUGCGCUGCAUUGUGGAGCGAGAGAUCUGGGCGCUGGCCUCAAAGCGCGAUGGCUGCGCCACUCACUACCCCUACCAGGAGAAGGAGCCUAUUUUCUCGCUCACGCCUUCGGGGUCUGGGUGCCUCGUCAACCACAGGCGGCUGCUGCUGCAGGCGAACGUGGAGCGCGACCUGGGCAACACGGACUACAAGCACGGCCAGAUCUCGGUGCACUCCAUCUGGCUCAGCACCAAGAUCACGCCGCUGCGCGCCGAGGAGCUGGAGGGCGAGGAGGAGGAGGACGUGGAGCUGCAGGCCGAGUCGCUGCCAUCGUCCCCGCUCAACUCCAGGAAGCAGCGCGUGAGCGUGGACGUGCACUCGUGCUCACAGUUCCUGCUCGAGCUCUACGGGCAGUGGCUGCUGGCGGGGCCCUCCUCCCGCAGGGUGCCCUGCAGCCUGGCAAGCGAGGUCGUCAAGUCGCUGCUGAUGAUCUCCGACUUGUUCUCGGAGAGGAGCCAGUACGAGGCGAUGUUCGCCAUCCUGACGGAGCUGCUCAAGGUUCACCCCACCGAGGACGAAAUCUUCAGCCAGUACUCGGUCCCGGCGAUCUGCAAGGCCGCGGCCGUGCUGGGCAUGGACCGUGCGAUGGCAGAGCCCGUGAGCCAGCUGCUGGAGCUGACUCUGCGCAGCGCCCACAUCUCGUGCCGUGUGGGCGCGCUGCACGGCGUGCUCUACGUGCUCGAGUGCGACCUGCUGGAGGAGACGACGCGCCAGCUCAUCCCCGCCGUGUCGCACUACCUGCUGCGCAACCUGGAGGGCAUCGCGCACUGCGUGAACCUGCACAGCCAGCAGCACGCGCUGCUCAUGUGCGCCGCUGCGUUCUACCUCAUCGAGAACUACCCCGACGACAUCGAGCAGGACUUCACCGCGCGCGUCAUACAGAUUUGCGGAGUCGUAAUAUCUGGCAACGAAGAGUCGACCUCUUCCAUCAUCUACCACUGCGUGUUGCGGGGGCUGGAGCGUCUCGCUCUGUCCGGCAAGCUGUCCAAGAUGGAUGGAGACGCCCUGGUGAAGCUGAGCGUGGAGCGUCUGAACAUGUCGAGCCCGCACCGCGCACUGGCCGCCCUUGGCCUCAUGCUCACGUGCAUGUACAAAGGACGUGAGAAGGGCGGCCCCUCCAGCGGCGAUACCAUGGACGGCGGCCACGCGGCCGACGAAACCGAGUCCACCAUCGUGGCCAUGGAGAGGGUGUCGGUCCUCUUUGACAGACUGAGGAGGGGCGUGCCGUGCGAGGCCGGGGUCGUGUCCCGAAUCCUGCCCCAGUUCCUCGACGACUUCUUCCCUCCGCAAGACAUCAUGAACAAAAUCAUCGGAGAGUUCCUCUCGAGCCAGCAGCCGUACCCGCAGUUCAUGGCCUACGUGGUUUACAAGGUUUUCCAAGGCCUACACGACAGUGGGCGCACGUCCAUGGUGCGCGAGUGGGUGAUGCUGUCGCUGUCCAACUUCACCCAGCGGACGCCCAUGAGCAUGGCCGUGUGGAGCCUCAGCUGCUUCUUCGUGAGCGCGUCGCACACCCAGUGGAUCUCUGCGCUUUUCCCAUACGUGAUCAGCCGCAUUGGAAAGUUUGAGAAAGCGGACAGGCGUCUGUUUUGCGUGCUUGGAUUAGAUUUCUAUCGGAACCAGCUGGAGGAGGAGCUGGAUCGCCGGGCGUUCCAGUCGGUGCUGGAGGUGGUGGCCGCCCCAGGGAACCCGUACGCACAGCUGCUCGUCUGCCUGGCGAGCGUGGCGCUGUAGCGGCGGCGCCGUGCGUCCGACGAGCCCUGAACCCUCGAGUACUUAACUCCGUGUUGAAGGUGUUUGGUUAAAGAGUGGUGGAUACUUGAUAAAACAUCUUCAGCGUGUCCUGCGCGUACGGUUUGUGCAUAGUCACGUCCAGUUGUAACAUUGGCUUAAUGGCGCGAUUUAGUUUUACACUUGGUUACAAAUGUGGUUUAGCACUGAGCUAUCAGCAGAUUGUGUGGUGAUACUGCAUUGCCAGCGGUGUCCAAAUAACAAAACAAGUCAACACGUUUGUCAAUAACAAAACCGUCCCUUUGAAAGGAAAAAUGUAUACUAGGCAACGUUUUGGGCAAUGGCCCAAAAUGUUGCCUCUUAUAUACGGAGUUUAUUACAUCAACAGGGAGCAGUCCAGCAAUUGCACAGUAGUCCACAUUCCCCCACCUCACCAACCCGCACUGACCAGCGUGGUGAAGUAUGGUCAAACAGACCCUGACAACCAACGCGCAGCGUAAGGGGGCCCUCGUCCAGCAGUGAAUUGACAUCGGCUCUACGUGCACUGUACACCCCCCCCCCGCCAGCCCCCCCC